GUGUUCAAACUAUGUAUGACUCACCACCACCUCUCUGACUGUAUCUACCGCCAAUAUAGCUGCAAUUUCUCUCAAUCUCUCUCUCUCUCUCUCUCUCUCUCUCUCUCUCUCUGCCUAUAAAUUCUUGGGCAAACGUUCAGAGUUAACACACACGCGAGAGAGAGAGAGAGAGAGAGAGAGAGAGAGAGAGAGGCAAUUUGGUGUAUAGCAGAGGUUAUGAGGGGCAGGAGUAGUGUUGUGUGGGUGAUGGGGAUGAUGAUAAGCCUCCUCCUCUCCUUCUUCUUCUUCGUAGGAGGGGCGUCGUCGUCCUCUGGCGAGGCUAAGAAGGGUGGUGGUGGUGGUUAUAACGACGCCGUGCCGAAAGAGGACGUGGAUCUGCUGGAGUUCCCACUGAAUUUGGAGUUCUUGGAGGCGGAGUUCUUCUUGUGGGGGGCACUGGGGCGUGGGCUGGACGUCGUGGCUCCAAAACUCGCCAUGGGAGGUCCUUCCCCCCUCGGUGCUAGGAUCGCUAACCUCGACCCUCUCACCCGAGACAUCAUUGCCCAAUUUGCCUAUCAAGAAGUCGGACACUUAAGGGCUAUUCAAAGUACUGUGAAAGGGUUUCCGAGACCACUACUAGAUUUGAGUGUUAAAUCAUUCGCAACUGUGAUAAAUAGUGCCUUUGGACGACCCUUGGAGCCACCCUUCGAUCCUUAUGCGAAUUCCAUUAACUAUCUAAUUGCGUCUUAUGUAAUUCCGUAUGUGGGACUCACCGGCUAUGUUGGAGCAAACCCUAAACUCCAAGGCGCGGUUUCCAAGCGGCUUGUUGCAGGCCUUUUGGGUGUCGAAUCAGGCCAAGAUGCUGUCAUUCGAACACUCCUCUACGAGCACGCACUAGAGAGGGUCCAUCCCUAUGAAAUUACAGUGGCAGAGUUCACUAGCCGAAUUUCCGAACUAAGGGAUAAGCUUGGGCACCAAGGAUUGAAAGAUGAAGGGCUUAUUGUCCCAAAAGCUGAAGGGGCGGAGGGAAAAAUUGAAGGCAAUGUUCUAGUAGGAAACGAGUACUCAAUUUCCUACGAUAGGACCCCAGAAGAGAUACUAAGGAUUGUGUAUGGAAGUGGGGAUGAACACGUUCCUGGAGGAUUCUAUCCGAAGGGAGGAAAUGGUCACAUUGCCAAAUCUAAGCUACAUAAAGCCUAAACAGGAACAUGGAAAUCAUAUUACAAGGAGUCACUUUUCACGAGUUGGUCAAUUCUUACUAAAAAGUGAAGAGGAAAGCUCUAAUGCUACCAUCAUUUUCUGAUUAAGCACUAUAAUUUGAUAUGAACGUGUAAUAAAGCUACAUUUUACUCUCACAAUAAUGUAUCCACGGACCAAAUGCCUCAUAAAUAAUUGUAGAUUUGUCGA